AGGAUCAGAUGCCGUUGUAUCAAGAAGGCAUUGGACCAUUGGUUCAACUUCCAUAUUUGAUUUUUCUUUGUAGGUUAUGUGUGAAAUGCGUUGUCCGUUAUUAUUAUAAAGAUAAAGUUUACUUAUCUAAUUUUGAAAGUAAAACAAAUAUUUAUCUUUAUAAAAAAUGGCGUUCAAUUUAUCAGCGCCUUCUUUUGGAAGUUCAACAACCACGCCAGCAUUUAGCUUUGGGACACCAUCUACUCAAACAACAAAAGCUGGAGGCUUUGGAACAACAGGAUUCUCGUUUGGAGGGUCGACCAGCUCGGCUCCUUCGUUCAACUUGAGUGGCACGGCCUCCACCACUGCCAAUACAGGAGGCUUUGGAUUCACUGCCACAACCACUGCGGCUCCUGCCUUUGGAUCAGCUUUCGGCUCAUUCGGUUCUACGUCCACUACUAGUACCGGGCAAACAGGUUUUGGCACCUUCGAGGUUUUGGAUCGACAACAACUUCUACAGCUCCGACGUUUGGCUUUGGAUCGAAUCAGUCGACAUCCAGUGCUAUGCCUUCACUAUUCAACAAGUUUGGACAAACAUCCACGGCACCUUCUACUAGUUUGGGUGGUGGGUUUGGAACUAGCUCAGGAGGCUUGUUUGGAGGGUUCGGAACAAGUUCGGGAGGCUUGGGAACUAAUACUGGAACUUUGGGCGGAACACCAUCAUUUGGACAAGGUUUGGGAUUGGGUCAAACACAAUUGGGUCAAACACAGUUGGGUCAAACACAAUUGGGUCAAACUCAACAGCAGCAGCUGCAGCAACAGCAGCUGUUAGCGGCUGGUGGGGGAGGAACACACUCGGACGCCGUUUGUUCGUCUGUGUUGAACUGCCACGUCUUCGGCGAUGAGAGGGACCAAGUAUUGGCCAAGUGGAAUCUCCUGCAAGCACUCUGGGGUACUGGAAAAGGUUACUAUUCGCAGACUGCGCCUCCAGUGGAAUAUACACCGCAGAAUAUGUUCUGUCGAUUCAAAUACAUCGGCUACAGUCGCAAGCCUACAGCUGAAACCAAGGAUGCCCUAGUAGCGCUUACUUUCAACAAAAAGGAUGAAGAAAUAAAAACUCAAGAAACUCAACUCAUUCAGAGCUUGAAUUCAGUGUUUGGAAAUCGACCGAAUAUUAUCGUCAAUAUUGAUUCGAUAAAACCACUAGCAGAAACAAAAUCUCUUGUUCUAAUCUAUGUUCAAGAGAAAGGACAAAAUGGUGCGUUGAAGAGAGUAUCACACAAUGAAAUAGUCAACUUCCUUUUGCAACCAAUGCAGAAACAGCAGAUGAUCAAUAUGGGAGCCGAUCAUAUUUAUCCAUUUGUGGCUAUAGAUGCCGAUCAACUCAAAGAGUAUUUGGAUACUGCUCCUGCCGGUAUCGACUCGAGGCUUUGGAAGUCGGCCCAGCUGGACAACCCCGACCCCGACAAGCUGAUCCCAGUGCCGAUAAUCGGCUUCAACGAGCUGCGGUGGCGGGCCCGCUGUCAGGAACAGGAGACCAAGGUGCACCAGGCCGUACUCGAUCGCAUCUCCGAGGAUAUCGCCGAGCUGCAGAGGCGGCAGUCGGAAACGGUCGCCAAGAUCACCGAGUACCGACAACGGUUCUUGCAGCUCGAACACAGAGUGCUCAAGGUUCUUGUGAAACAGGAAAUCACCAGGAAUGUUGGCGUUGCUUUGAGACCAGAAGAAGAUGUCUUGAGAAAUCAACUGGAUGCGCUGAAAACACAAAUCAAUAUGCCAACCCAUUUCAAGGGCCGACUAAGCGAACUUCUCUCCCAAAUGCGGUUGCAACGACAAGAGGCCACUCAACGCGAAACAUCAGGAGGCUACUCUAUGGACCCGACCAUGAAGGACGACAUUAGGCAAUACCUGAUGAUGGAACAAAACGGAAUGGCGCAUCUCAUCGAAGUCAUACAAAACGAUCUACAAGAUCUCAAGUUGAUGAAAGAAGGAACUAAAAAACUUUUAUCCUCAUAAAAACCUUAUCAUCCUUCCCUGUUAUUCUGUGAUCAAUUCAAAUUCAUUCAUUUUCCAUAAAAGUGAUUACAUACAGAAUUUUUAUUAUCAAUUUAAUAGUUUAGUUUCUAAUGUGUUCCCAUAAUUCAUAACUUUCAAAUUUAUAGUAAAUCAAAUUUUCUCAAAAUAAAUAGUAUUGAUGUUUUAGACUGCAUCAAAAUGAUGAUCCAUGUUUGUUUCAAAGCCAACUAAGGAUCUCCUCGAUUCUGAAUAAUACCGUAUUCUUAUUCAUGUAUAGAUUCUUACGGAAAAGCCUCAGAAUUAUGAUCCUUUGACUCCGGAAUUAUUUUAAUAAACCAACUGAAAUUCUUUCCAAUUUUGUAUAAUGAUAACGUAUUCUUAUGGAUUUUAUUGAUGUGUAGGUUCUUACGGACAACUUAAUUUCGCUGUAUAAACGUUUUAUGGUUAUAAUGAUAGUAAUCAUUUUCAUUUACUUCUCAUGUAAUUUCUAAGAUUUUUCUAAUAAACGUCUUUUUUAUAACUU